AUGUUCGCCCCUUUGGCUUCCGCAUCCCGAGCUGCCUCUCGAGCUCGCGAACGUACGCGCUCGUCCAUCGAAGCGGCUGAACAUCUCGUCGAUCAAGCAGGACCGGGUGCCGAAGGGCCGGAGGGCGUGUUGCACGAGAUCGAUGGUUUGGAGCCGAGCGAGGUCGAGCAAAGAUUGGAGGACGAGUACCAACCCUUGAUGAGCAAAAGCGCUCAAGCCGAUCAGGAAGAGGACCAAGGCCAACGAGAACGGGGACGAGGCCACCGCCGAGAUAGAAGCGAAGGGGAACGGAGCGAUGAUGUCAAGGCAAAAGACGACCAUUUGCAGCUUGACUUGAGCGCAAGAAAGUUUGAGCUUGGGCUCGCCUAUGGUAUCUUUUUCAUUCUUGGUGGGGAGAUUUUUUUUGUCUCGAUUUCACGGACGAGGACUCAGUGCGCUGACAUCGAUUACGGCUCUGCAUCCGUACAGGCGCCUGCAUCCUCUUGGCUUGGAAUUCGAUAAUCGUUGCUGGCGUCUACUUUGGUGCACGCCUCAAGGGGUCCAAAUUCCAGGACUCGUACUCCAACUUUGUCGCCCUGACGUUCACGACUGGCAAUUUGAGUUUUUUGGCGUGGGCGAAUGUGACGCAGCACGGAGUGAGUUUCGGGCUCAAAUUUGGAAAAGAUGGCAUGAUGAUGCAACAGGGCCUGGUUCUGAUCACGCCACUGGCUGUUCUCACAGGCUGAUCUGGGACGACGAAUAUGGAUAUCCAUCGUAAUACUCAUCGGCAUUGUGUCACUGUUCAUCACAUCGACCCAGAUCGAAGAGAUCAACCCAUAGUUCGUCGCCAGCAAGGUUAUUGCACUCGCGACGUAUGAACUGAUCUCUUUCCCUUCCGCGCCAGCCUCUUCUUUUCAGUUUUGAUCACCACCACACUUGUCCUCGCAGCGUCUGCAUCGUUCCUGCAAAACGCCGUCGUCGCCCUGUCGUCAAAAUUCGGCCCGGCACGUCUGCAAGGCAUCUUGUCUGGUCAGGGAGCAAUCGGACUCGCCGUCGCGAUGAUCCAAUUCGUUGCCGCCUAUACCUCCUUCAAGACCGAGGAAGGUGAACCGCUCAUGUUCGAAGCCUUCACUAGUCAGACGAGAUUCUUCAAAGCUGGCAAAAUCAGCCGACGCGGACCCGUCCCGAGUGCAGGCCUGCGCAACUCUGCUUUCACUUUCUUCAUCGCGAUCGGGGCUUUUGCUUUCAUUGCCUUGCUCUCCUACCUCAUCCUACUCCGACUUCCUCUCUAUCGCCUCGUCAUGCGCUCCCUGGGGACCCAAGAUGAUGGCGAACGAGGGCCGAACGACGCGGCCGGCGACUCGAAAACGCCAAAUCUGAAGAAGAUCGAGAAGAUCGAGAAGAAGGUUCGAAAGUACGGGAUCGCAAUGUUCUUUGUCUUCGGGGUAACAUUAUCGGUAUUCCCAUCGAUCACUUCGACCAUACAAUCGUGCGCUCGCUCGUCUAUGACCGAAUCCCCUGGGCGUACGCUGACUUGGGGCUGCAUAGUUCACAGUGUCAACCGCGGCCCGGGCAAAGAUGUACCCCUGGGAUUCACAGGGACUUUGACAUUGCCAGCACUAUUCAUUCCCAUGAGCUUUGCUAUGUUUGCGCUGGGUGAUUGGAUCGGCAGGAUCAUGCCCCAGGUCAAGGUGUUCAACUUUGCCAACAUCAAAGUUUUGAUGCUCAGCUCCAUCGGGCGGCUCGUCUUUAUAGUGAGUCUUCGGCACGGGUCGUGGCCGGGAAAUGGCGCACCCACCAGAAGCUCACGCUUCCGUUAAAUUUUUCGCUUGCAGCCCCUAUUUUUCAUGUGCAACACGAGCUACAGCCAAGGCACGCCGAUCAUCAAUUCUGACGUCGGUGAGUCGCAGCUCGAGUCAGCAGCGCGCCAGAACUCGGCCGCGCUCGUCUGGUAGUCGGCGCUUACCCCACAUUUCCUUGUUUCCCCCCUCCACCCCUCCACUUACGCGCUGCCAUCGUCACCGGAUCACCGGUCGCUCCACUCAUUCACGACGACCGCGCCGACUCCCAUUCGACUAUGCAGUUUUCCUGACGAUCAUGUUUCUGUUCUCCCUCUCAAACGGGUACCUGUCGACCCUGAUCAUGUUGGCGACAGUGAUCGAGCCAUCGCUGGACGAGCACGAGAUCGACACCGCUGCUACUUGCGUGUCGUUCUACCUCACGUUUGGCCUCGCCUUUGGCAGCUUUGCAAGUUUCCCUGUACGAGCGAUCGCCUGCGGAUGUAACCCUUUUCUGUAG